GGAGCCCCUCCUCCUGGGACAUGCUGCACCCCUCUUUCCUGCUGCUCGCCCUACUGGGGCUGCUCCCCCUCAGGCCCGCCCUGAUCCAGGUCUGCAUCAAGGGCAGGGUCCGCACCUGCAGGGACUGUCUCCAGGCGGGGCCUGGCUGCGCCUGGUGCCAGAAGCCGAACUUCACAGGUCCAGGGGAGCCCGACUUCAUCCGCUGCGACACGGCGUGGCUGCAGAAGAAGGGCUGCGAGGAAAAGGACAUCCUGGACCCCAAGAGCUCUGCGGUGCCCCAGGAAGACCGGCGGGGGGGGCCCACGCGGCUGACCCCGCCGCACGUGACCCUGCACCUGCGGCCGGGGCGGGAGGCUGCGUUCAACGUGACCUUCCGGAGGGCUCCGGACGACCCCCUCGACCUCUACUUCCUGAUGGCCUUCCGCGACCCCAGGCACGGCAGCGCCACGGCCGUCCAGACGCUGGGCCGGGACCUGCUCCGGGCCCUCCACGGGGUGUCCAGCGCCGCCCGCAUCGGAUUCGGGUACGUGGUGAACGAGUCGUUCCGGCACGUGCUGAAGCUGACCGCGGAUACCAACCGGCUCCUGACGGAGGUUCGGGGGCUGCGGAUUUCCGGAAGGCCGGUGGCCCUGGAGAGCGGGCUGGAUGCCAUGCUCCAAGUGGCUGCUUGCGGGGAAAUCGGCUGGCGCAACGCGACUCGCGUACUGGUGUUUGCUACGGACCGCGACCUCCCCACUGCCCGCGUUCAGAAGCAGGGCCCCCGCCCGGCCCCCAACGACGGCCGGUGCCACCUGGAGGGCGACGUGUACCAGAGCGGCCACAGAGCUGGCUACCCCUCGGUGGGCCAGCUGGCGCACAAGCUGGCAGAAAACGGCAUCCAAACCAUCUUUAUGGUGACCACGCAGGCAGGGAAGACCUACGAGAAUCUGACCGAGAUCAUCCCCAAGUCGGCGGUCGGGGAGCUGUCUGACGACUCCAGCAACGUGGUGCAGCUCAUCAAGAACGCCUACAAUAAACUGUCCUCCCGCGUCUUCCUGGACCACAGCUCCCUCCCCAACACCCUGAAGGUCACCUAUGACUCCUUCUGCAGUAACGGGGUGUCUCUCACCGGCCAGCCCAGAGGAGACUGCGACGGUGUGCAGAUCAACGUCCCGGUAAGCCUGACCUCCACCGUCACGGCCACCACGUGCCCCCAGAACCAGUCGUUUGUCAUCCGGGCCCUGGGCUUCACAGACACGGUGACCGUGCAGGUCCUCCCCCAGUGCCAGUGCCAGUGCCGAGACCAGAACAAGGACCGCGGGCACUGCGGGGGCAAGGGCUCCCUGGAGUGCGGGAUCUGCAGGUGUGAUGCUGGCUACAUUGGGAAGAACUGCGAGUGUCAGACGCAGGGCAAGAGCAUCCAGGAGCUGGAGGGCAGCUGCCGGAAGGACAACGGCUCCUUCGUGUGCUCCGGGUUGGGGGACUGCAUCUGCGGGCAGUGCGUGUGCCACACCAGCGAGGAACCCAACAAGGAGAUCUUUGGGCGGUACUGCGAGUGUGACAACGUCAACUGUGAGCGGCACCACGGCCAGCCGUGUGGAGGCCCGGGGCGGGGCCUCUGCUCCUGCGGCCAGUGCCAGUGCCUGGAGGGCUUCGAGGGCUCCGCCUGCCAGUGCCCCCGGUCCACCGCGGGCUGCCUGAACGCGCGCCGCGUGGAAUGCAGCGGCCGCGGCCGGUGCCGCUGCAACACGUGCGAGUGCGACAUGGGCUACCAGCCGCCCCUGUGUGAGGAGUGCCCCGGCUGCCCGGCGCCCUGUGCCCGGUACCUCCCCUGUGCCGAGUGCCUGAAGUUCAAGAGGGGCGCCUUCAAGAAGAACUGCAGCGCCGCGUGUGGGGGCCUGAGGCUGCUGCCCGCCCCCGUGAGGGGCAAGCCGUGCAAGGAGCCGGGCUCGGACUACUGCUGGAUCUCCUACACCCUGCGGCAGCGCGACGGGAGGGACAGCUACGACGUCUACGUGGAGGACGGCCAGGAGUGCAUAAGAUUUUCCGGAACCUCCACCAUCGCAGGAGGCAAGUGGUGGGUGGCCGUCACUCUUCCGGUGGUCAUCUGGUUGGUCCUGACCCACUUCAAGGAUGAAGCUCCAGCCCCGGCAGAACAAUAAUAACCCACACUUCAAGAGCACCGCCGUGAACUCCUAAGCCUGCUGAGAGGUAGAGCACAGGUGCAUGCAAAUAAAGCUGCCACAACCAGCUAGACAGGACCCUCAAGC